UUGACUGAAGCAGAACCCUAAGCCUUGUGGGAUGAAAGGAAGCACAAGAUAAGAGGCUUUUUUAUCACCAGCAAAGGAAGAAGGAACAGCACUACUGAAUGUUUGAUCAAGUGAGAAUUCAGACAAAACCCUGCUGAUCUGUUUUUGCCAUGAAGUAUAGAUGUCAUUCCCAUGUAUAUAACCCGUAAUGAUCUAAUACGCCAUGAAUAGCUGAGGAGUAGUACCUGAAAAACAUUUAAUCAAUGGACUUGGAAGACAUCUGCAGUGUUAUAGUAUUGAACUCAGAUGACUCAAUUCAGUCACUAAGUUAGCAUCCUUAACACUGCCUCCACAGUUAAGCUUUCUUUGAGCCUCAGCAUUAUCAAUAAAAGUUUACUCCAAGGAAGUUAUAGUCAACUGAAAUCUUUAUGCCAGCUGCAGCUGAGAAGAAUUGGAUUUGAUGUGAUUAUCAUGUAACGGAAGGAACGGAAUAUCCAUGUUACAAUUUCCCGACCUAAUCUAUGUUGAUCAAACAGAGGUCCAUGUGGAUGCAAGGCCUUACAUCAGAAUGAAUGAUUCCAACCAUGGGUACAACAUAGGCAAUCUGACCAAUUUUUCCUCCGUGAAUUUCACCCCUUCCAGUGGACCGGAACCAUUACCUCCAAAGUGGGGGGUUUUGGCCAUCAUUCUGAUAGUGUUCUGUACAGCCAUUGGGAAUCUCCUCGUCUGUAUCGCGGUGAUUUGGGACAGACGGCUACAGAACAUGACCAAUUACUUUUUGAUGUCGCUCGCCAUUGCUGAUUUCUUGGUCUCUAUUUUAGUGAUGCCAUUUGGGAUGUUAGUGGAACUCUUUGGAAACUUUCCUCUACGACCAGAAUUCUGCAUUUUCUGGGUCACCACCGAUGUUCUGAUGUGCACAGCCUCUAUCUGGCACAUGUGUACCAUGUCCAUGGACCGCUACUUCACCCUCAAGUACCCAAUGAAAUAUGGAAGAAAUAAGACCAAAAUGACCGUUGCCUUGAAGAUUCUGUUUGCAUGGCUGGUUUCAAUAACCAUUAGUAGUCCUAUUUGUGUUUACGGAAUUAGUGACACCAAUUCUGUGUUUAACGAAGGACAGUGUGUUCCCGCCAUCCAAGACUUUGUUAUCUACGGCUCAAUCUUCGCUUUUUACAUUCCCCUGACUAUCAUGUUAAUUACCUAUAUUUUGACCAUAAGGAUACUCUGGCGAAACCAGAAGCUCAUGAAAAUCGACAGAUCCGAUACAUAUAUAAAAUCAAGGAUGAAACACGCAGAGAUAUGCGAGAUGAAAUCGCUCUUACAUCAUCAGCCGGAAGACAGGGAAACAUGUAAAAGUAACGACACUGAUGCUACAGGUCUGGGAACACAACUGAACACCCCACGACAUGAAGACAAAAGUCCACAAAAUCAAAUCUCUCUUCUUAAUGAGGAUCUAGCUGUCAAUUCCAUUCAAGAAAAUUCUCCAAUUCAAGCAUUUGAUUCUAAAUAUAGCCUCAUUUGUGCUAAUGAUCCAAAACAAGAUAAAGAAAUGGAAAUGGUUCAAAUCAAAAUAUCCAAGUCUAUUUCUAGAUCUAGUAAUGUGCAAAAGGCAGGUGAGAAGAAGUUAGAGCAAAAAGCUUCCUCCCUGUCCUGCUUAAAAACACCCCACUAUGACUACCCUUCCUAUAGCUCAAUGUGUACAAAAUCUCCAAAAUCACAUCUACUGUUGCCGUCCAGGGGAGAUAAUUUUCUACGCCUCAGCUCCCAUGAUUCCUUGGUGAAAAGAUCGACCGAAAAAUCUUGUAUGCAUCAGGCAGUGUCGUGCUCAACGGUGAACACUUCUAGUUCUAUUUUGUCAAACUUGAUCCCAUGUUCGGGAAAUAGUCACUUUCACAGUUGCAGUGAUAUUGGGAAAAAAGACCUGAAACUGGUGGAAUGGAAAGAAAAUUAUUCCAAAAUACAGAAGGAAAUGGACCAAAUUUUAAAAGGGGAUUUUGACAAGGAAGCUGAUCUUAAAUGCAGUAGACAAUCAAUUUUUGCUCAAGCUAAAAGUUCAAGCUCAGACGAUUCUAUUUGGAAUAAUGAAAUUUCUGAAGAAGAAACAUAUUAUGACUCACAUGAAAAUUCUUCUUCUAACAAGAAGGAAAGCACGGAAAUAGAUGAAAAGCAUUUGCGACAAAUUAGCGACAACGACAAAAAUGCUUGGGAUGAUACUGACUCAACUUCUGACGCUAUAUACUGGAGCACACACCAAUUACUUCCAAGGACAGAAUCCUCGCAAAAAUUUACCACAACAAUCCACCACCACAACAAUUUUUUUCCAAAAUGUGAUACAGAAAUGAGUUUACUGAACUCAAAACAAACUACUGGAAAUGAAAAUCCCUCCCAGUGUCUUUAUGCAGGUUUGCAUCAAUCCCAGUCCAGUAUAAACAUCAGUAUAUCUAGUCAGCAGUCUAUGCCUCUCUCGGAUUCCGGGGACUCUGUUAUCGAUCCUUCGGAUGUCUCCGACAAUUCCGAGAGUUUGACAAUCAAGUUGCGUCCCACAACCCUACAAAUGUACAAGUUUAAAACAAAAUCCCUAAGCCCCUCUAGCCCCCUGAUUGGAUCUAGGAGCAGACUAUAUGGUGGUUCAUCACACCAACUUUGUAAUGGAACGGGAAAGCAUAACGGCCAAGCAGGUCAUAAAAUGAUCAACAGAACUUUGACCAUAAAUAAGCUCCUCUCCAAAUUAAACAAGGGUCAAGGUGCAAAUCCUGUGAUGUCCAAAAGGGCCACCACUAAUGAACGAAAAGCCUCAAAGGUGCUAGGAAUUAUUUUUGCCGUAUUUGUGAUUCUGUGGACUCCCUUUUUCAUUGUGAAUAUUUUGUCAGUGACCUGUCAGCACUGCAUGCAGAAUGUUACUCCGGAACUAAUGUCUUUGUUUCAGUGGAUGGGUUACAUGGCCUCCUUGGCUAACCCCAUUAUUUAUACCAUGUUUAACACCGCAUUCCGCAGGGCAUUUAUUCGGAUCUUAAAAUGUCACAUCUGCAUAAACGGUUCUCUGCGAGCGGCAGAUCGUAGCACUAUGAGUUAUCCUAUGUCUUAUACUGAAAGAAGAAAACACGGAGGGCCAAUCUCAGUAAAUUAUCAUCACCAUUAGACCUUCGUGAAAAAUUCUCCUUCGUAUUGCUGCAAUAUGAACAAUGUUUCAUCUUUACAUUUUGUACAACCCCAGAAUGUCCUCCCAAUUUUCUAUUUAUACUUUCAAAAUUUAAGGAAAACUCAGCAACAAUGAAAUCAAUCAAAAUGCCUUCUAUCAAACAAGAUAAUCAUGAUUCCAUGCAUUUUGUUGGACAAUCAUUAUAUUCAAGGCGACUUCAACAUACAUUAACAAUGUCUAAACAUUGAAGACUUCAGGUGAAUUUUCUAACUUAAUUGAAUUUGAUGCAAAAAAAAAAAAUUAUUCCUCAAUCAUUGACUCAUCUUCUUGUUGUGUUUAGCUUUUUAAAUUUUAACACCAAAUGUCCUUUAAUAAAUGUUAUUUUUU